CGUGCACCAAAUUCCCACUUGCAUUCCAUCGCCUAUCCUCCUCCGUCUUUAUUGCUCCCUCCGAACUCCGGUGACCUCUGCAUUUACACUCCCCAUCUCCACCGGCUGUUCCCGUCGCCCGGUGAACUCACUCGCCAUCCUCCUCACCAAUAUUUUUCACACCUGCCCGGUGCCGCCAUUUGGGUUUGGGUGAAGUUGCAUUGCUCCGCUCCGCUUUACGAUACCAUGGCUGAAAAGCGCCCACAACUACCUCAAUUUGGAGACUGGGAAAAGGAAGAAGUUCUCUAUAGUGCUUAUUUUGAAAAUGCCAGGCGGGAGAAACCUGGAAAAAUUCGUCAUGGAAAUCUUGAGGCCGAAUUAAAGGACCUAAAAGUGAAAGUGUUGAAGAAUGAGCGAUACCCUGAUCAAGAAGAAGGUUAUGAAGUGAAGAGAGUGCCUGGUUCUGUUAGUGUAGUGGGUCGUAAACCUGCAAUUCACUCCUCUCCUAAAAGGAAUAAUCUUGUACAAUCUAGAAAUGAUAAAUUGGAGGUGGAAGUGAUUAGGCCAAGGCACAACCCGCGCCCAAGUCGAGAAGAAGGAGAUCUUAGAAGACUUACUGAUUCCCCUUUGCGCCCUGAGGCUGCAAACUUCAGAAACAGUUCCAACUCACCUCACCACCGUCAUGGAAGCUCUAGUGCUGGCGACACGCCAAGGAAGGCAGCUCGGCAAAGUGUAGGAUCCGAUCGCAGUAGCAUUGAUCACUCGCCUCAUUCUCAGACACGAGUUGCUGGGAAGAGUAGUGGUAUUUCUUCUCCUUCUUGGGAAAGGAAAUCUUCUUCGGAUGGGAUCCAUGGUCUAGCUCCAUUAACACCUGGGAGAUCUCGACUGAGAUCAGUUACGCGAGGCGAUGAUUCACCUGAACGAGGCCCUGCUGUUCCCAAAUUUGGUGAUUGGGAUGAGACAGAUCCUUCUACCGGAGAAGGAUACACGCAAAUUUUCAACAAAGUAAGAGAAGAGAAGCAUAGUGACACAGGAAGAGCACCCGCAGCCACAACAACUGAAACAUCCAACUCCAAUGGUCACAAACAAUAUGGAAAUGAUAAUCCAAAGGGGUGCUCUUGCUUUCCUUGGGGGAGAAGUUGACAUAAAAAGAUCGAUCUUGAACUCCAUUUAAUCUCAUACAUGGGUGUUAUUAUACAAGUUUCUGUUUUUUGUAGUGUUUGUGGGUAUACACAGUGUGGUGUAUUGUACAUGGAUCAGUUAUGCAGUUAAUGGGGUGGUUUAUCUCUCUUGUGCCU